AUGAUGCAAGGAAAGGCGAAAGGACAUAAUGGAGAAUGUGACAGAGGACACGAUGUAGAGGACGUGAUAGAGGUCAUGAGGACAAGGCAAAAGGCACUGAGGAGAUGUGAUGGAGGUUGCGAUAAGCGAGGCAAAGGACAUGAGGAUGUAAUGGAGUUUGUCGAUGGAGACAUGGUGGGGGGUGACAUGGAAAUGCGGUAG